AUGCUCUGCCAUAACAACGUGGCCCUUGUCAAAGUGGCUCAGGAACUGAUGACCAAAUUGAUAACUGAGACCCCAGACCACCCUAUCCCUUUCCUCAUCGACCACUUGCAGACCAAGCAAGGCAGCCCUGGCAAGCUGCAGAGAACUCUGUCGGGCUCCGCAGCGUUGUGGGCGCAGAGCUCCGCAGAAAGCAAAAACACUCGGAGGGAGUGCAGGUACAGCGAGAAGCCAUGGCAGAUUCACCCCAAGAAACCCAAGAAAUCAAAGAGUGACCUUGCUGUUUCUAGCAUCUCCCCUCCGUCCCCAGAGUCCAAGUCCUUGCCACGGUCCAUCGAGUACCCAUCGUGGGAGUGGAGGGACAGCCGCAACUUUGACGAGCUCAACCACAUCUUGCAGGAGAGCAAGAAGCUUGGAAAAGCCCUGGAGAACCUGUCACGUAGUAUUGCCACGUCUGAUGAGCUGGACCAGAAUUUAGGGUGUUAUAACUCAAUGCUGCGUCCACGUGUGGUGGGGGAGUGGGUUGGUAGGGAGGAGGAGGAUCCAGACCCCCUGGCGGCUGAGAUGCUGCAGCCCCCGGUCCCCCGAGCCAAGACAGAGUUAUGGGGGAGUGGAGACAGCAGCCCUGCUGGGAGCCUGAAGAUGGAAACGAAGAGCAAAGGCUUGAAAGAGCAGCAGCAGCAUCACAAGAAGCUCCUGGCGGCCAUGUUGUCUCAAGACUCCUUUGACUCCGUCCAUAGCUCCGCACCCUGCAUCACCGAGGAGGAGAUUGAGGAUGAGGAUGAUGCAAUGGAGCUGCUAGCGGUGUGCAACGGGAAGCCUCUUGUGUUCAUGCAUUUCUGCACCAGCCCCGCCAAGACAAAUCUGCUGCAGGGGGACAGCCUAUCAGAUAGCAGAGCUGAGGAGGAGCACAGGCCUCAUGUCUUGGAGCAAGCUGUACCCGACAUCUCCUGUCCAUUGCCUGGGGUGGAUUCACUGUCUGGACGUGGGAAGGAAUGCGAGCCUGCAUCUCAAGUCUCAGGCCCUCGUCAGGCUGUCUGGGAGGCUGAUCUGAAGGCUGUGAGAGGAGGGAGCGCCAUCAGCCACGCGGACCCGCUACUGGGCGACUCGCUCUUCUCUAAAGAGCUGGAGAAUAUGGGCAAACACCUUGCCGAGGUUGAGAAGGACCUGGCCAAGCUGGCAGAAGCGGGGAAAAUGACCUCCAGGAGUCCUGGCAAUCCCCACAGCAGUCUACUCCUCAGCCCUCGGCUCCACAGGACGCUGCCCGACACCCUGCCGCUCCCCAGCCAGAUCUCCAGGCCCCAGUCUCCAGCCAGCUGCCUCUCAGCCAAGCCCAGUGGUGUGGGCCUCCCGCUGCUCAGCCCCAAGCCCACCUCCCUCGUCAUGGGGCGGACUCAAUCUCCCAGCAACCCCAGCAGCAGGACUCAAACCCCCAGAACACCCAGCAGACCUCUGACCCCCAACAGCUUAUUGACACGCUCUGCGGUGACUCCGGGAGGUCAUAAGGAGGUGACAUUCAGGAGGUCGCGGAGCCGCCCAGUGACACCCACGUGUCAGCCUGCUCGUCCUCGACCUUUGCUCACCCCUCCUGGGCUAAGCACCACAGACAGCCUGGGCGCCAGCCUACGGGCCUACCUGUCUGAGGAUGAGUUCUACCAACAGUUGCAGGCCAUCCGGCAGCCCUGGCACAUUCCGAGUGACACAGACAGCGACAUCCUGGAUCCUCCUGAGCAGGACAAGAGUGGAGCACGAGACGCAAAGAAGAGGUCGGUGUUUUCAGGCCUAUAAUGACGGAGACCAGAGACACUGAUCCAAUCAAACCAUUAUGCAAACCACUGGACAUUUUGAACACGUGGACAGAGACGAUUAUUUUUAUAAUUCACAGAGA